AUGUACCCCCGUUUCGGGUACCUGGCUCCCUGCGGGCUUCGCGUUUCGCCUCCCGUGACGGAUGGCGCGUUGCGCCGGCAGCUCGGGGCUCGUCUCGCUUUCGCUAAUGAUCCGCGCCGCCCGGCGGUGAGGGGGCGGCGGGAGCCUCCUCGCCGCCUCCCCGCCCCCGCGCGCCGUGUACUACAGGCCCGUAAUGAGCCCAGGAAUGCGGCGGCUCGCGUUCCACAACUUGUCGCCGCCGGGCUCCGACCCCUCCGCCCCCCUCCGCCCCCGCCAGCGGCGGUAAAACACGCGCGGCACGGGACGCUAAUAAGCCGCGGCAUCCCGUCAUUCCGUCCCCCACUCGCCGCGCAGGUUAUCGGCAGCGCACGGCCCUCUGAUUUCUGCCGUUUGCAAAGCGACGCGAGGUUUCUGCGGUGCAGGCCACACGCACCCAACUUGGAGCCGCAGCGAGCUAGCGACUGCCUUGUACUAGAUUGUCAACAAGCAUGUGAGCCGAAUGGACUGGCCUGCCCGUUCUUCCCUCAGCCGAAUGGACUGGCCUGCCCGUUCUUCCCUCAGCCGAAUGGACUGGCCUGCCCGUUCUUCCCUCAGCCGAAUGGACUGGCCUGCCCAUUCCCUCAGCCGAAUGGACUGGCCUGCCCGUUCCCUCAGCCGAAUGGACUGGCCUGCCCGUUCUUCCCUCAGCCGAAUGGACUGGCCUGCCCGUUCUUCCCUCAGCCGAAUGGACUGGCCUGCCCGUUCUUCCCUCAGCCGAAUGGACUGGCCUGCCCGUUCUUCCCUCAGCCGAAUGGACUGGCCUGCCCGUUCCCUCAGCCGAAUGGACUGGCCUGCCCGUUCUUCCCUCAGCCGAAUGGACUGGCCUGCCCGUUCUUCCCUCAGCCGAAUGGACUGGCCUGCCCGUUCUUCCCUCAGCCGAAUGGACUGGCCUGCCCGUUCUUCCCUCAGCCGAAUGGACUGGCCUGCCCGUUCUUCCCUCAGCCGAAUGGACUGGCCUGCCCGUUCUUCCCUCAGCCGAAUGGACUGGCCUGCCCGUUCUUCCCUCAGCCGAAUGGACUGGCCUGCCCGUUCUUCCCUCAGCCGAAUGGACUGGCCUGCCCGUUCUUCCCUCAGCCGAAUGGACUGGCCUGCCCGUUCUUCCCUCAGCCGAAUGGGCUGCCGGCGGCGGCAGACGCGGCUGAUCAAAGCGACGCGCCGAGCGGCCGGAUUAGCGGGCCAGGGGUCCUGCGAUCGAUGCCCGGCGCGGGAGGCUCCGCGCUUAAACUGGCGGCCAGGGGCGGCGGGGGCGUGGCGGCCCGCUGUCAGGACUGA